CCCUUCCGGCCCCGGGAGCGGCGUGCGGUUAAACGCGGUUCGCGGACCUUUGGUCUAAGACUAGAAAACCGGGGAGCCAGGGGAUCCGAAGAGACAAGGAGAGUCCUAAGAAGCCAUGGGUGCCUCCAGGCUCUACACCUUGGUGCUGGUGCUGCAGCCUCAGCGCGUGCUGCUGGGCAUGAAGAAGCGGGGCUUUGGGGCUGGCCGCUGGAACGGCUUCGGGGGCAAGGUUCAAGAAGGAGAGACCAUCGAGGAUGGGGCCAAGAGGGAGCUGCAGGAGGAGAGCGGCCUGACUGUGGACAUGCUGCAAAAGGUGGGCCACAUCACAUUCGAGUUUGUGGGUGUCCCCGAGCUGAUGGAUGUGCACAUCUUCCAAACUGACAGCGUGCAGGGGACACCCACGGAGAGUGACGAAAUGCGCCCUCAGUGGUUCCAGCUGGACCAGAUCCCCUUUGGUGACAUGUGGCCUGAUGACAGCUACUGGUUUCCACUCCUGCUUCAGAAGAAGAAGUUCCAAGGGUACUUUAAAUUCCAGGGCCAGGACACCAUCCUGGACUACUCGCUGCAUGAAGUGGACGCUAUCUAGCAUGAGCUGCUGGUCCCUGCUGGGUCUGGCUGCUGGGCAGCCACAGACUGUCGGUCCAUCUGGGCUCAGGAUGCCAUGGUCAGGGCUAUGUCUUCUCUUUUGGAGAUGAUUGGACAGAAAGAAAAAUAAAAGUCUUUGCUUUUUUAA